GUUUGAUAUCCAAUGAGGAAAAUGUUCUAAAUGAAGAUCUCAUUGAUGCAAUCAGCAACAAAGAUUUAACCACUGAUCGGAUCUCAUCUGAGGAUACCGUCCCAACUGAUAUCCCGACAUAUGAAGCCUUUGAUCAGACAAAACAGAAUCUGUUACCAGUGGAUCGGACAACAGAACUGACAGAGAAAGAAAUGGAAAACAUUGCAGACGUAGCUGAAGAAGAAAUCGAUGUCCAGAGAAUUGCUAUUAGCAAAGAAUCUGAAUUUGAAUUAACUCAAGAUGAACUGGAGCAUAUAGCACGUGUUUCAUGCAUGGCUGAAGAAGCAUUUGGCAAACUUCAAGCACUGCAAAAUCCUCAAACAAAAUUGCCCACUGAUAAGGAUUUGGUUGAAGAUGAAGGUCGGAUAAUCUCGGAUUACGAGGAAUACAACGUGAAGGAAGCAGAAGAAUUUUCAGAACAAAGUCAAUCGAAAACAAGUUCUGCAACGUCAGGUCCAGACUCUCCACAAGAAUCAGUGGAUAUGAAGAUGUAUUCGAUUCUGCCGUC